CCACUUACAAAAGUAUAAAAAGCCUGCAGCGGGCACUCCAGAGUAUCCUCCAGCCUCCCCGACGCAAGAUGGACCGCCAACUUUUCAGCGCGUCUUUUCUGCUUCUUUUCCUCCUCAUGGUCCUGGUUCCAUCGACCGGGAACGCCUUGCCCAUCGAGGGUAACGAGUGUCAGUGUAACUCUACAACCUCAUCUAUCACACCAGCAAGUAUUAAUUCUGUACAUUUAAUCCAGUCAGGACAACAUUGCAGUGUUCUGCAAGUCAUAGCUGUCUUGAAGGAUGGGAACAGAGCCUGCCUGAAUCCAGAAACUCAGUGGGUCAAGCGCAUUGUCCAGGUUCUCCUGAAUAGGGAAAACAACUAACAAGCUAUGCAAAAUGGAGGAUGGGAGAAAGAAAAAAUGCUAGAAAAUUACAUAGAAGAAAGAGCUUGCUGCCGUUGAUGAUUUUAUAAGGAAUCUUUCAAACGCUGCUUUCUUGCUUUGCAUCAUCAUACAUUAAAUGUACAGCAGGUGGCAGCAUCUAACUGAUCUGGACUGAUCUCUGAUACUAAGUGGUGCAAUCCCUAAUUGCUGCAGGAUUACCUAGGUAUGCCAGAGUUGUUAGUAAGAGUGAGGAAAAUCAGGAAA